AUGUCUCUUUACCAACAAGAUCCCACCCUCGGCAGUCUCACUGUUGGUGAGAUCGAUGCGGCUUUCGCGGAUUCCGGCUUUCGCGACGGACUUCCAGGCCCUCCUGAUCCGCAGCUCGCCGAAUGUGGAGUUGACUCAACCUCCACCGCCCCUCCGUCCGAGGCGCCCACUCAGCCGCACUCUUGGCCGUCCAACGGUUCAUCUUCAUCUUAUCCUUCCUUCAUCCACCCAGAGGCCUCUCACUUCGACUUUGACUUCAACUUCAAUGUCGAUCCGUCUGGUCCCCCUUUCAACUUGUCGGUGCCCGUCUCGCCUUUGUCAUUCGUUCCGGAACUCCCGGAGGUCCCGGUUCCGGACACAGCGUCCAACGCCUCUUGGAUCAAUGUCCUGAAGAACAUUGAUCCGAGACUCCUUCGACAGGCCUUGUCUAUCACCGACUCAUCCGAGUCUACCCUCCAGGCGGUGAUCAUCGCCGAUCCACUCGGUCCUAGCUUUGCUCCGCCCCAGGCGUCCGCAUUUGUUCCGCACGGACCGCCGCAGGUUCCCAUCUCCGUUUUCUCCUCGUCGGCUUCUAGUGUUUCUACUAGCUCGUCCUCCAAGGCUCGCGUUCCUCUCGGGCGACGCAAGGGCAAUGUCACGCAGAUCUACGCGGAGGGGAAGAGGAUGGAGAAGGGUUGCACUCUCUGUGUGGCCGCCGGGGACCCUCAAAGUCGAAGUGAGAGGCCUCUGGGUGGAUGA